CUCGUCUUUGGCUAUCUAGUCGGUUUCAUUUUGGCGAAAAUUUAUAUAUAUAUAAAUUUUCGCCAACGUAAUUUCUUUUUCGCUGGCCAUAUGUUGGAUUUUUCAACCACACUAUUAUUUAUAACCUCCGGCAAACUAUUUACCAAAAAGAACUCCGGCAUAGUCUAAGAGACCAAACAGCAAACACCGUCCGGGUCUCUCUUCGCCCGCUAAGUCGCUUCAGUUUCUACCUGCUUAGGUUUGAAAAUUUUAUGCAACACCUUAUGGUCACUGUCGGCAGGAGCAUUACUGGCGGCUGUAGUGCAGUGAGGGUCAGUCACAUACACCAUCGCCACAGCAGCCACCUAUAUCAAAGCAUUAGAUAAAUCCGGCUAACACCCUCCAUAUAAACAUCUAUCACUGAAGUUUGUAAGUUUGCAAAUAAUUGGCAGAGAAAAAGGAGCUAAAAAAUGGAUGGAGAAAUUAAUGAAAAGCUUCUUGGAGGAGAGACCCAGGCAAAAGAAAGUGUUGAUGAAGAGGUUACACUAAAGGAAAAACUAUGGAGUGAGAGCAAGAAGAUGUGGGUGGUUGCUGGUCCUGCAAUUUUCACCAGAUUCUCCACCUUUGGGAUAAAUGUCAUCAGCCAAGCUUUCGUUGGGCACAUUGGUUCUACUGAAUUAGCUGGAUAUGCUCUUGUAAUGACCGUAAUUGUGAGGUUUGCGAAUGGUAUCCUGUUGGGCAUGUCUAGUGCUCUAGAAACACUUUGUGGUCAAGCAUAUGGUGCCAGACAAUACCAAAUGCUUGGGAUAUAUCUUCAAAGAUCAUGGAUAGUUUUGUUUUUCAGCUCAAUCAUCCUUCUUCCUUUGUUUAUCUUCACGGCCCCAAUUUUGAAACUUCUAGGCCAAGAAGAUACAAUCUCAGAUAUGGCAGGAUAUAUUGGUCUCUGGUUCAUACCUGUCAUAUUUGCCUUCAGUGUGUCCUUUACCUGCCAAAUGUUUCUACAAGCACAGAGCAAGAACAUGAUCAUUGCAUACUUGGCAGCAUUUUCGCUUGUGCUCCAUUUGAUUCUUUCAUGGCUUUUGACUGUUAAAUACAAGUUUGGGGUUCCUGGUGCAAUGGCAUCCACGAUGUUAGCAUAUUGGAUUCCCAACAUGGGUCAGCUUUUGUUCGUUAUAUGUGGUGGUUGCCGUGAAACAUGGAAUGGUUUCUCGACCUUAGCUUUUAAGGAUCUCUGGCAUGUUAUCCAACUUUCUCUGUCAUCUGGUGCAAUGCUGUGUCUUGAGCUGUGGUACAACACAAUUUUGAUUCUUUUAACAGGGAACCUCAAAAAUGCCGAGGUUUCAAUUGAUGCUUUAUCUAUCUGCCUCAACAUAAAUGGCUGGGAGAUGAUGAUAUCCCUUGGUUUUUUGGCUGCAGCAAGCGUUCGGGUUUCAAAUGAGCUUGGAAGAGGUAGCUCCAAAGCAGCGAAGUUCUCAAUUAAGCUGACAGUGUUGACUUCAUUAUCCAUCGGCUUUGUGCUUUUCCUAGUUUUUCUCUUCUUGAGAGGAAGUCUUGCUUACAUAUUCACCGAAAAUGAGGCGGUAGCUAAAGCAGUUGCCGAUUUAUCAUCUUUAUUGGCACUGUCUUUACUAUUGAACAGUGUUCAGCCGGUGCUCUCGGGGGUUGCUGUUGGAGCUGGAUGGCAGAGCACUGUAGCAUAUGUGAACCUAGCUUGCUAUUACCUUGUAGGAAUCCCUGUUGGGCUUGUGCUUGGUUAUCUUUUGAAUAUGCAAGUAAAAGGUGUAUGGAUUGGAAUGCUAUUCGGAACAUUUGUUCAAACUGUUGUACUCCUCAUUAUCACCUGGAAAACUGAUUGGGAUAAACAGGUAACACUGGCACGUAGUCGUGUUAACAAAUGGAUUAUAGCAGACAAUGACGGAUCAAACCCCAGGACUUCAGAUAUAUGUGAAUCCUAAGUAUAAUAUAUAUAUAUAUAAUGAAAUUCUAUGGUGCGGACGGAUCGCUUCGUAUUAUGAUAUAGAUAGUUUCAAAGACGAGGAUUUUUUCAAAAAACAUCAUCAAUAGUCACUACUAAAAAAUUGCUUCUCAAUAACCAUUGAUUUUGGUUGAAGAAAGUCAUAUAUUGGUUAUUAAAAAUUUUUAGCAACCAGAAAAACAUGAUCAUUGCGUGAUCGUCUACACGUUGUAACAACAAAUGUUUGGUCGUUAAAACUGAACAAUUUUAACAACCAGAUUUUGUUAUUUUGAUGAUCAAAUUUUAAUC